AUGAGUGAAACUAGUUUGAAGAUGAUGGACACUCUGACAAAAGAGCUGGAGCAGACCAAUCACGAUAAAACCUCUGGUAGUAGAGAUAACGAUUUCAAAUUUACGAAUAUGGAUCCGUUGUUCAUGAAAAACGUGGGGGAUUUCUUUUCGGCCAUGUCGAAGACGAAUUCAUCGUGGUGGGUCCGUUGGGGGAAUGAGUUGAGUAGAGGAAAGGGCAAAAUGUAG